AUAAGGAGAGUUAACAUUUAAGUGUAAGAACAAUGACUGUGGGCACUGUAAUUUUUUCAGAUGUUUUUAUUAAAUUGCAUUGGUUUAAAACAUGUUUUUUUUUUUCCAGAGAAGUUCUCAGCUCUGGUUUGUGGUGGUGUGAGGGACAGAACCUGGAACUUUGGAGCCUCAGGGGCCACACUGUCCAGUGAAGAGGCUGUGCUGCUAGGUUCAAACAGAGUCUCAAGCUAUUGCUGUGAUUUAUGUUUCAUAUUCUGGCCUGAAAGACAUUCAGGAAAAGCAGAAGAAAUGGCAGUUUCUUUGGGCUCAGUGACCUAUGAAGAUGUAACUGUGGUAUUCACUCAAGAGGAGUGGGCACUAUUAAAUCCUUCAGAGAAGAAACUCUACAGAGAUGUGAUGUGUGAAAACUUGAGGAACUUUCUUUCAAUAGAAAAAAUACAAGAACAUUCCACCAAAGAGCUGCAUAACUUGCAUGGGAGUAAACAAAGGUGAGUUACAUUUACAACGAAAUGUGAUAUACCACCCAGCAAGCAGCUGUGUUUUCAAAUAUUUUAUCUCUGUAAUUUACUGAGAUCUGGUGCCUGCAUGGUUUCACUGUAGUAGAUUUAUGUUUUGUUUUGUUUUGUUUUAUUAAAUUAUUUUUAGUCAUUUAUCCCCUUUUGUUGCCUUUGUUUUAUUGUUGUAGUUAUUGAUGUAGUUGUUGAAUAGGACAGAG